AGUUUUAUUGUGGUACCCAACAUCCUUGUUAUCGUUUUUUUUUUUGCAGAACACCCACACCACAUAUGGAAGAUGUCGUCCCCUUUUAUCACAACAUUUCGGAGAUUGUGUGGUCAAACAUUUUUUAAACACAAAGUCCUCUCUUCGUCUGGACCCGGACUCCGACCCGGAACCAGAGGACUCAUCCAGACCACAGCAUACAGGGGAUCGGACCAACAUGGAGGACAAAAAAACAAAGUGAUCUGUAUUGAAGGCAACAUCGCGUGUGGGAAGACGACCUUCCUAGAGUAUUUCAGCAGGACCAGCUCCAUAGAGGUCCUACCAGAGCCCAUUUCUAAAUGGAGGAAUGUUCGUGGACAAAACCCUCUGGCUCUAAUGUACCAGGACCCGGUCCGCUGGGGUCUCACCCUGCAGACGUACGUCCAGCUGACCAUGAUGGAGAGACACCUGAAGUCCCUGGCUGGUCCAGUGUGCAUGAUGGAGCGGUCCAUCUUCAGCGCCAAGUACAUCUUUGUGGAGAACCUGUACAGGAGUGGGAAGAUGCCGGAGGUGGACUUCGUCAUCCUCACUGAAUGGUUCGACUGGAUCACAACCAACCUCCACCUCCCCGUCGAUCUGAUUGUGUACCUUCAGACGUCCCCUGAGAAGUGCCAGGAGAGGCAGAUCCAGAGGUGCAGAGAGGAGGAGAAGGUCAUCCCUCUGGACUACCUGAGGUCUCUCCAUCAGCUCUACGAGGACUGGCUGGUCCACCAGUCCUCCUUCAAGCUCCCAGCUCCUGUCCUGGUGAUCCCAGCGGACCAGGACCUCCCAGAGAUGCUCCGGCUUUACGAGGAGAACCGGGACAAGGUUCUGACCUCCAGCAACCUCCGCUAGACCCCUGCUCUCCCGCCCCCUGCUAGCUCAACCGCUGGCGCCGCUAGCUCCUAGCGUAGCAUCUCGUCGCUAUCGGUCUGGUCUCUGCCCACUACCAGAGAGGGAACUCAUGCUGGGGUCUAGUAGUUAUCAAGUCUAUUUUAUUGUUACUUUAACCUUUACUUAAAUGUAAGACGUUUGCCUUAGAAGGGAUUAACGGGGACCAGAGAUUGUUUGUAUUUAAUGUGAUUGUAUUUAAUACAGAUUUGUUGUUUUAUGUCAUUAAUAUUUAACUUGAUUUAGAUAUUUAUGAAGCCUACAGUAAUAACGGAUGUUUACAACAAUUCAGCAAAAAAAAGUUGACCAAUGUAUCAUAGUCAACUGUUUGUAUUGGAUAUGUGGCUGCUGGAUUUAGCCUUAAACUGUUACAGUCCAAACUAAACGUGUUAUGCAGCUUCUCUCGCCAUGCGGGGGCGUAGUUAUAGCCUCACACCAAGGGGGGAGGCUUUCUGCGCUGGGAUUCCUCUGUAUUCGUUGUUCUCCCUCUUCUACAUUCUCCGUAUCAAAUUGAGCACUUCUUCGUCAUAAGGUCUUCUGCUUUGGGCCCCUUUUGAUUGAAACACCGUUUUUUUUAAAUAAAUGCCGUUAACGCAAUAUCAUGGACUUUUAAACAUUGUCAAAAUAAAAGCUUUUUCAUGACGAC